AUGGAGGUUGAGGACGGAGCCGAGCUCUGCUUUCCACAGUUCCCAAACAUGUCCUGCACGAAGCCCUUGUCUCCUUGGCCCCAAACAGUUACCAUUAUUCUGUACUCCAUCUCUCUGAUCACUGUGACUCUCAACCUGCUCAUCAUCAUCUCUAUCUCCCACUUCAGGCAGCUCCACACACCCACCAACAUCCUCCUCCUCUCUCUGGCUGUCUCAGACCUUCUAGUGGGCCUCGUGCUGAUGCCGGGAGAAAUCUUCCGAGCAACAUCCUGCUGGUUUCUUGGUGACUUUGUGUGUGCUACAUAUACUCUUCUUUCAGUCAACAUUCCCUCAGCCUCAAUAGGUGACAUAGUUCUCAUAUCAGUUGACCGUUAUUUGGCUAUUUGUGACCCUCUGCACUACACCACUAAAGUCACUGCAAGAAGAGUUAAAUUCUGUGUUUGUCUGUGUUGGCUCUGUUCCGUUACCUACAGCCUUCUCUUUGUAAAGGAUCUUCCGACUCAAACAGAGAUGGAUAAAUCCUGCUAUGGAGCAUGUUUUAUGUUCAGUGAUACCAUCUCACUGUUUUUUGAUCUUUUCAUUAACUUCAUUGUUCCAGUUACUGUCAUCAUAGCUCUGUAUCUGAGAGUAUUUGCCGCGGCUGUGUCUCAGGCUCGUGUCAUGCGCUCUCACAUUACAGCUGUCACACUCCAGCAUUCAGUGACUCCAAAGGCAAAGAAAUCAGAGCUGAAAGCAGCCAGGAAGCUUGGUGUUCUUGUAGUUGUUUUUCUAAUAUGUUUCUGCCCAUUAUACACAUUAGGAUUUGAAAAUUACAACUCGUUUAUUGCUUUAAUUAAACCCUUUCUAAACAUUCUUUUCUGUUUUAACUCUUGUCUAAACCCUGUGAUCUAUGCCUUCUUGUACCCCUGGUUUAGAAAAGCAGUUAAACUCAUUGUAACUCUUCAGAUACUGCAGCCUGGCUCCUCUGAGACCAACAUGCUGUAGAGAGGCGGUGGAGGGACUGAGGUCAGACUCAGUUUAAGGAUAAAGCAAUGAAUGCUAUUCAGUG